CCGGCUCGCACCUUCUCUCCUCUGCCCGGCCCCGCGGUGCGCAGCGGGCCGAACCGAUCAGAGAGACCGCCGGAGACCCGGACGCCGACCUGAAGCGUCUUCGUGUGGUCCCCGCGCGGAUAACGCCGGGAGCACGCGCCGCGCCUGGAUCUGCGCGCCACCGGCACGGACUGCGUGCGCCCGCGGGAGGCGCCGGUGCCCGGCCCCGGGGCUGGGGCUGUGCUGCGGCUGGGGUCCUCGGCGGCUGUGGGUCUCCUGGUGUUGUGGAAGGAAGCAGAUGAUGUAACCAGCCUCCAGGAAGCCCAAGGUUGCCAGAAGCUCAGCAAGGUCUCGUAGACCCCUGUCAUUUCAAAGCCACUUCUGCAGCCACUUGAUAAAAAUGGUAUGACAGUUCCUAGCAAAAAGAGCUUUCCAGAAACGUGUUAUUACCAGUGAAGAAAGUAGCCCUUUUCCCCUUUUGUGAAAGAGACAUUCGCAACUUCCAAAAUGCCAGCCAAGACCCCAAUAUACCUAAAAGCUGCCAACAACAAGAAGGGAAAGAAAUUUAAACUGAGGGACAUUUUGUCUCCUGAUAUGAUUAGUCCUCCCCUGGGAGACUUCCGCCAUACCAUCCACAUCGGCAAAGAGGGCCAACAUGAUGUCUUCGGAGACAUUUCCUUCCUGCAAGGGAACUAUGAGCUUCUGCCUGGGAACCAGGAGAAGGCGCACUCGGGCCAGUUCCCUGGGCACAGCGAGUUCUUCCGGGCCAAUAGCACAUCAGACUCUAUGUUCACAGAAACGCCCUCCCCUGUGCUCAAAAACGCCAUCUCCCUCCCAACCAUCGGAGGGUCUCAAGCUCUCAUGUUGCCACUGUUGUCACCAGUAACAUUUAAUUCCAAACAGGAAUCCUUUGGGCGGCCCAAGCUGCCCAGGCUCAUCUGUGAGCCUGUCCUGGAGGAAAAAGCUCAGGAGAAGAGCAGUUUGCUGGAGAAUGGGACAGUCCACCAAGGAGAUGCCUCCUGGGCCUCCAGUGGUUCAGCAUCCCAGUCCAGCCAGGGCAGAGACAGCCAUUCCUCCAGCCUGUCGGAACAGUACUCCGACUGGCCAGCCGAAGACAUGUUUGAGCAUCCUGCCCCCUGCGAGCUCAUCAAGGAAAAGACUAAGUCUGAGGAGUCCCUCUCUGACCUGACAGGUUCCCUUCUCUCCUUACAGCUGGAUCUUGGGCCCUCAUUUUUAGAUGAAGUGUUGAAUGUCAUGGAUAAAAAUAAGUAACAGCUCUUUUCCUUCAGAGUAAAAAGGUACCAAAAUAAACAACACCCCUCCCCCCACACACAUUCAACUAACCACAGUUGAAGAGAAAAACUUCCCUGGCUAUUUUCUUUUGGUUUUGGUUUUUCUUCUUGCAAUUAAUUAUGUGAUACAUUUUCUUAAAACAAUGUUCCUGUUCCUAUAAGAUAUUUUUUUACCUAUCAUGCCCUAUUUGCAAAAACAAGUUAGAAAGCAGCAACACGGAAAACCUGGGCUGGCACUAAGAGGAAAUGAGUCAGAGCACAUUUUCCGCAGGCAUUGCCGAUCAGCUCGCAGUUUUGGUGUUUUCUUUUUCCUUGUUGUUUAUUUGUAGACAUGUAAGAAAUCUGGCUUGGCCAGGAAUUGGCUCUGGCUAUGAAAAGGCUGAGAGAAAUUCCCCGAGGGGCUUCACCAUUCUCCAGCAUUUUCUGAACAAGAGGAAAUCAAAAUGCAUUUAACACCUACGCCUUUUUUUCUAGACUCUUUUGUACAGUAUAUUGUUUGGGUUCACCGUGGGCAAAUUCUCACAAGUGUUUAAACUUUCUGUGUUUUCACAUUUGAACAAUUUAAUGGGAUUUGGGGAUUUUUUUCUUGUAGUUCUUAUAUAUUCCUGUAUAUUGUACCUAUAUUGCAAACUUUUGACUGUCAGCUACAUGUUGGUUAAGACACAAGCAAGGUAUUACUGUAACUAAGUUAUUUUUAAAGUUAAAAUAUAUUUUUAUGUGCCUUUGGCUUUUUAUUGCAGAGUCUACAUUUUAUAGAUAAUACAUCAAAUGUCAUUUGACUUGUUUCCAUGGGGCUCCACUGUAAGCUGUGUAUAUGUGUAUUUUGAAAAGCAUAUUUGUUAUCAGCUUUAUUUUUUGUUCCUUCAUCAUGUGUUAGCAUACUUUUAACAGCAGCCAAUAAUGGACUGUAAGAUAUAAAGGCACAGGUUUGCUUUUGAUGCUUUUGCAGAGACUGUGACCUAUACCAUGUAAUGUUAUUUGGAAAUAUGGGUAUUUUAGUACAGUACAUACUUGGAUUUCCUAGGUACUUCAUACCACACAAUAAAAGUAAAUGUUAAAAU